AUGUCGUCUUGCUCGAUCUGGAAGCGAUGGACAUGCUCCCACUCGCAUAUUACUGUACAGUCGUUUAACAGGAUUUCCUCGCCAAGGACGCUAUGUCGCAGCCCUUUUGAGAAAGCGGUCUCUGUCCGCACAGUAACCACAGCGGCUCUCAGGAGACCUCGGACGUUUGACUCGACUAGCCACAGGAACAAGCCGGUAUCCGUUAGUCCACGACUGGACUUGACCCAGUCCACACCUUCGUCUACUCGGGAUUGGGACAAGAAGAACCUCAUUGGACUUAGUUUGCAGCAACUCAAGGACGAGCUGACGACGAUCCCUGGUGUGAAGUCUUAUACGGCAUCGCAGAUCUGGCGAUUUCUUUAUCAGAGAGGGGUUACAUCAAUAGACGACAUGCUCAAUGUCCCCAUGGCUAUCAGGGAUGAGCUCAAAGAAAAGUACACCAUCGACUACGGAAGGAUCGUGUCGGACCAUGUCUCGCCUACGGACGGGACUAGGAAGCUGCUGGUGGGAUUUCAGGACCCAAAAGCCAUGGUUGAAUCUGUUUUCAUCCCCAUGAAUGGCUCAAGAGGGACUCAGUGUAUCAGCAGUCAGGUGGGCUGCUCGCUGGCGUGCACGUUUUGCCAUACAGGAACUCAAAAACUUUUACGCAACCUGACAGCGGGGGAAAUUGUCGGCCAAUACAUGAUUCCCGCUAAAGACUACGGCGACUUACCUCUGGUCAAAAAUGCUCAGCGCAAUGUCAACAACAUCGUUUUCAUGGGUCAAGGAGAACCAUUCUACAAUUGGAGAAAUGUCAGGCAGGCAAUCGAGAUUCUGACGGACAAGGACGGGAUUGGGCUGCCAAAGAGCAAGAUCACAGUGUCAACCUCCGGAGUCGCCACUGCACUACCGAAGCUUGCAGAACUUGAUGGAAUUGGUCUCGCCAUCUCACUACAUGCCACGAAUGAUCGCCUUAGGGAUGAGAUCGUACCAAUUAACAGGACCUUCCCGAUUCGUGCUCUUAUGAACGCAUGCGCGGAUUAUGCAAGGGCGAUGCAGAGCUGCAACCGCGACAGUCAAAGGAUUACAUUUGAAUAUGUAAUGCUCAAAGACGUGAACGACAGUUUCCAGGAAGCGAGAGCAUUGGCAGAAAUGUUGAAGGAUAUUCCCUCGCACGUCAACUUGAUCCCGUUCAACCCAUGGCCUGGAAGCCCAUACACCAGCUCUCCACGAGACCACAUUAUUGGAUUCUCCCGGAUCGUCGAGAACAUGGGCGUACCUGCUACGAUCCGUUGGCCUCGAGGAUUGGAUGUGAUGGGUGCCUGUGGCCAGCUCCGGACGAGCUAUGAUCAAAAAGAAAAGACAACCCAUUAA